GGUAUGCAGAUCUUCGUGAAGACCCUGACCGGCAAGACCAUCACCCUGGAGGUGGAGCCCAGUGACAACGUCGAGAAUGAGAAAGCCAAGAUCCAGGAUAAGGAAGGCAUCCCCCCUGACCAGCAGAGGCUCGUCUUUGCAGGCAAACAGCUGGAAGAUGGCCGCACUCUUUCUGAUGACAACAUCCAGAAAGAGUUGACCCUGCACCUGGCCCUCCGUCUGAGGGGUGGCUGUUAAUGAUUCAGUCUUGCAUUCAUAAUGC